UUCGGAUUGUUGAGUUUAUAUGGAAAUGGUAUCAUAAGUUUAUUUUAUAAAGAUAAUUACUAAUAAUAUUACGAUUAACAAUUAGAUAGUAAAAACCUUAUAAGUAAAUAAUAAUCUUAAUUGGAGAAACAUAUUUAAAAAAAAAGGUAUAGUUUUAAGGUAAAUACAAAUCCAAGCCGAAAAUGAAUUCUAAUUCUGCUACGCCUGGUGUCCCUCAGGUGCCGCUUCUAGAUGAUGAUACAAUUGCAUUUGGGGAGGAAGAUAAUGCCAACAAACAAUUUGUGCACCCAUACAUUGUGUUUUUUCAUCUGGUCUUCCGGUGUUCUGCUAUAGUAGUGUACAUUCUGUGUGGAUGGUUUUCUGACUCCUUUAUAGCCAGUUUUGUAUUAGUAACUCUCUUACUAUCUGCUGAUUUUUGGACUGUUAAAAAUAUAAGUGGACGUUUACUUGUGGGGCUAAGAUGGUGGAACUAUGUGGAUGAUGAAGGAAAAUCCCAUUGGGUUUUUGAGUCUAAACAGAACCGCGUAAAUCGCAAUGAAAGCCGCCUGUUCUGGUUAGGGCUCACCUUAUGCCCUCUAAUUUGGUCUGGCUUCUUUAUUAUCAGUCUGCUAAGCUUCAAGUUCAGAUGGAUGCUUCUAGUAAUGAUUGCUCUGACUCUGACGGGGGCAAACCUUUACGGAUAUGUGAAAUGUAAAUUUGGAGCAAAGGAGAACCUGAAGUCUGUCACAACAGACUUCAUGAAGAAACAGUUCCUGGCCAACGCCACAUCCUUCAUGUUUGCUCAGCCAGCUCCUCCUAAUGUUAACACCAACUCUGGUGUUGUCUAGAUUAUUUAUAUUCUAACAUUAUAAUAACUGAAAUUUAACUUUGCUUUUUAUGUA